AUCUAACUGUCAGUCAGUUUCGGUGCGCGUAGCAGCAGCAGCUUGCCUGCCUGCCCCCGUUAGUCCGCUCGUUGGAGUUGGUAGAGGUAGAGUGCGUGCCUUUUUUUUUGACAAACCUCCCCAGGUCGGAAUUCGAUCCGCGCUGGAACCACACACACACUCUCCUCCCUUCAUCCCUUCGGUUCCCGUGUUCGGUCGUCGAAUUUUGACUUUUCGCGGACUCUGCAUUAGCAUAUAUCGAUUUUGAAGAUCGUCGACGACGACGGCGCGCGAGGUGCAAUUUUUGGAGAGAAAGUUUGUCAAUUUUUUUCCCCCGCCCGUCCGGUCAAAGUGAAAUUUCGGAACGUGAAAAGCAAACUUGGAAAACUUGGCGACUGGCGGUGGGAUGUCAAAGUUAAAGGAAAACGGCCACGCCUUGCAGAACGGGACGACGAAGACGGUGACGACGAAUGGCCACCACCACCAUGCCAACGGAGUCCGGUCCAGGGUCGUUCUGGGCGGCGAGAAGAAGGCUAAUGGCACAAAAAUCUCGAAUGGCUUCAGCAACCACCGGAUGUCAUCGUCGCCGGUGUCGUCACCGCAGGUUCAAAAGUACGACCACAGACAGGAGGCGCAAAAGUCCUCGUACGAGCAGGUGCCCCUCCAUACGGCCUGCUUCACCUAUCUGGGCUUCUACCUGCUGAUGAUACUCGGUUACAUAAAUCAGCUCUUCUUCACGCCGAAGGUGGCAACGGAGAAGCAUCGAGAUGGUUACGUGCCCCUGUACGAUGCGUUCGAGAAGUUCUACCUGCGGUACGUGUACCGCCGGGUCAAGGACUGCUGGAACCGGCCCAUCUGCAGCGUGCCGGGCGCCGAGGUAACACUCAAGGAGAGAAUCACGAAAGAUUACGGCUGGUCAUUCGAAUUCACCGGCACCGAAACCAGAUGCCUCAACCUGGGCUCGUACAACUACCUUGGGUUCGCUCAGAAUGAAGGCCCCUGCGCACGGGAAGCGGAAGAAUCGAUCAAAUCGUACGGCCUGGCGGCAUGCAGCUCACGGCGGGAAAUCGGCACCAACCCGCUCCACCUCGAGCUGGAACAGCUGACGGCUCGCUUUCUGGGCGUGGAGGACGCCAUCGUAUUCGGCAUGGGAUUCGCCACCAACUCGCUCAACAUUCCGACCCUGAUCUCGCCCGGCUGCCUCGUCGUCAGCGAUGAGAAGAACCACGCCUCGAUCAUCCUCGGUCUGCGACUGUCCGGAGCGGUCACCAAAGUGUUCAACCACAACAGUAUGAAAGAUUUGGAGCGGGUCCUGCGGGAUUCGAUCGCUUCCGGCCAGCCGAAGACUGGGAAGCCGUGGAAGAAGAUUCUGAUCAUUGUCGAAGGAGUGUUCAGCAUGGAGGGAUCGAUCGUGAAACUGCCGGAGAUUGUUGCGCUUAAGAAAAAGUACAAAGCUUACAUUUACUUGGAUGAAGCACACAGUAUUGGAGCUACCGGGCCGUCCGGACGGGGUGUUCUGGAUCUGUACGGAGUAGAUCCUAAAGAUAUUGAUAUUCUUAUGGGAACGUUCACGAAGAGUUUCGGAUCGGCCGGCGGAUACAUCGCUGGUAGCAAGAAAUUGAUCAACUUCCUCCGAGUCAACAGCCAUGCUCACUGCUACGCCAGUUCCAUGUCACCACCGGUGACGCAGCAGAUCAUCACCUCGAUGAAGAUCAUCAUGGGCCUGGACGGAACCAAAGAGGGCCGCAACCGCAUAGAACAGCUGGCCAGAAAUACCCGAUAUUUCCGCAAACGGUUGGCUCAAAUCGGCGUCAUUACUUACGGCCACGAGGACUCCCCGGUGGUGCCGAUGUUGGUGUAUCUUUUCUCAAAAAUUGGUGCCGUCGUUCGCACGCUAACCUCGCGCAACAUCGCCGUCGUGGGCGUUGGCUUUCCGGCGACGCCCAUCAUGGAGGGUCGGAUCCGGUUCUGCCUGUCGGCGUCGCAUACCAAAGAGCAGCUCGACUAUGCGCUGGCAGUGAUCGACGAGAUUGGAGAAACGCUCGGGCUCAAGUAUUCGCGGAAACCGCGCGACCUGAACCCGAUAGAAUAUUAGCUUUGAGUUAGGCAGAACAAAAAAAAACCAACAACAAAUCAAACGGAAAUGCUACAUUAAGAAAGGAAACACACAUCUAGACACGCAUCCCAUACCCUUACAACAUACACAAUAAGAUAGAAAGCAAAAGUAUGCCUUAUUAUUAUAAAUAGAUUGUGAGGCUGAGACGAAUCCCAGCCCAGCAACACACAGAUCCAGUAGCGUCGACUAUGUUGCCGCAUUUAAAUUCGAACGAGCAUCAGUGAAGGAAAAAAAUCAUCGUCGAUUGUGUAUUAUUUUAUUUAUAAACAAACAAAAAAUGAGCAUGUUUUUACUUUGUCGUACACUUUUGUUAAAGAGUUAUUCUUUCGUUACAUUCAAUAACAUUUAUUGUCAAAACGCCGUAUAGUUGAAACUAUAGAAUAAUACAAAAAUGCUACCAGCUUUGUAAAUAUGU